AUGUCUGGCAGAGGAAAAGGAGGGAAAGGACUGGGGAAAGGUGGAGCGAAGCGGCACCGCAAAGUGCUUCGCGAUAACAUCCAGGGCAUCACCAAACCGGCCAUCCGCCGCCUGGCUCGCCGUGGCGGUGUCAAGCGCAUUUCGGGUCUGAUCUACGAGGAGACCCGCGGGGUGCUGAAGGUUUUCCUGGAGAAUGUGAUCAGGGAUGCUGUCACCUACACCGAGCACGCCAAGCGGAAGACGGUCACCGCCAUGGAUGUGGUGUACGCUCUGAAACGCCAGGGCCGCACUCUCUAUGGAUUCGGCGAACGAUCAAUGAAAGAAUCCGAAUCUACACGGCAACGUUAUGCAAAUUUCGACUGGCCCCUGCCGCGGAAUAUGGGUAAAGGAGGCAAAGGACUGGGGAAAGGCGGAGCAAAGCGGCAUCGCAAAGUGCUUCGCGAUAACAUCCAGGGCAUCACCAAACCGGCCAUCCGCCGCCUGGCUCGCCGUGGCGGUGUCAAGCGCAUUUCGGGCCUGAUCUACGAGGAGACCCGCGGGGUGCUGAAGGUUUUCCUGGAGAAUGUGAUCAGGGAUGCUGUCACCUACACCGAGCACGCCAAGCGGAAGACAGUCACCGCCAUGGAUGUGAGUCUGUGUUCAACAGCGUUUGUUAUCAUGGCCAGGACCAAGCAGACAGCGCGCAAGUCGACCGGAGGGAAAGCUCCCCGCAAGCAGCUGGCGACCAAAGCUGCCCGCAAGAGCGCUCCAGCCACGGGCGGCGUGAAGAAGCCCCAUCGCUACAGGCCCGGCACUGUGGCUCUGCGGGAGAUCCGCCGCUACCAGAAAUCCACCGAGCUGCUGAUCCGCAAACUGCCCUUCCAGCGCCUGGUGCGGGAGAUCGCUCAGGACUUCAAGACCGACCUGCGCUUCCAGAGCUCGGCCGUCAUGGCCCUGCAGGAGGCCAGCGAGGCUUACCUGGUGGGGCUCUUUGAGGACACCAACCUUGCUGUUAUAAGCAUUAUGUCUGGCAGAGGGAAAGGAGGCAAAGGUCUGGGAAAAGGCGGAGCGAAGCGGCACCGCAAAGUGCUUCGCGAUAACAUCCAGGGCAUCACCAAACCGGCCAUCCGCCGCCUGGCUCGCCGUGGCGGUGUCAAGCGCAUUUCGGGCCUGAUCUACGAGGAGACCCGCGGGGUGCUGAAGGUUUUCCUGGAGAAUGUGAUCAGGGAUGCUGUCACCUAUACCGAGCACGCCAAGCGGAAGACGGUCACCGCCAUGGAUGUGGUGUACGCUCUGAAACGCCAGGGCCGCACUCUCUACGGAUUCGGCGGCUGA